CGAACCACGUGAUAGCCUGCUUAUAAAUAGAACGUCUUCGACAAGCUGAGACCAGAAUUAUUCGGAAGACCAGAGCAAUUCAUAACACAGAGAUAUAACACUUCAUCUCAUUUGAUUAUGUUUGGGAGUGGUAGACGCACAGUAUAUCACGAAUUGAUUGCAUUCUUAAUAUGUUUGGUAUUGACUGGUAAUAGUGGAUCUGGAAGCACAAGCAAGGUCUGUCCAGGCUGGGGAAAAUCACAAAACGUAACGUUUCAGAAUGGAACAGAACAAGAGACGUUGCUCUUCAACGAUGGGCAAAUAACAGCGUUGAAAAUCGUGGCAAUGUCCGUGGCUGGCAGUGGAGUCGUGUUAAAUACCUUUGUGAUCAUGGCUAUCAUCAUUGAUCCUUUAAAAACGCUUCGCAAAGGAGCAUGGUUAACUAUUUUGAAUCUGGCUGUCGCUGACGUCAUUUCAUGUAUAUCAGCCUUCCUCAUUUAUGGGGAUAGCUAUUUCACGAGCAACUACAACAGCGCCAGUGCCUCUGCAUUUAACGCUACUACAUCCUUCUUCUGGAGCUAUGGCGUCUCUGCAUCGUUCUUAAUUUUGACUUUUUUCACUAUACAAAUUUUCGUCAUCACCAAGUUUCCGUUAAAAAGUCGCUUCAUUUUUACAGAGUUCAAAAUCGUGCUCAGCAUACUGGCAGUUUGGAUCAUCUCAAUUCCGUUAGGACUAAGCUAUCUCGCCUACAUGUGUUUCAAUUCAGAAACGAGUUUCAAGAUUUACGCAGCCCGAAUAGGAGUUCUCCAAGUCGCUCUUCUGGUUCAAGUUAUCUUGAAUGUUCACGUGACAAGUGAGAUAUUGAAGAGUGGCCGAAGUACUGGGAAUGAUUCUUGUCAAAACAACAAACAUCGAAAUAUCGCAAAGACGGUGGUCAUUCUGACGGCCAUUCUUCUGGUCACCGCAUUCCCUUAUUUCUUGUUUAAGCAAAUAGAAUUUCUUGCGAGGUCUGGGCAAAUUCAUUCAGACAAAAUAGGGAAUUGGCUCGUGGUGGUAUCCUACUGUUACGCUCCUGUUGCACUUUUAAAUUUCACAGCCAAUCCAAUCCUAUACUCGUUGCGUCUUCCCGACUAUAGACGAACCUUACUUGUCAUCCUAAGUAAAUUGAGAAGGAAUGGCGGUGUUUCAUUGAAAACAACUCCAAAUACUUCGUUAAAAUUAACAAAGGUCUCAUCCUUUCAAGAAACCAUGGACUCUAGUAGAUCACCAAAAAAGUACAAAAGAUGUGAAUCCUUGGAGGAACGAUCGUUUGAGCCUGGCACCUCCGAAGUCUGAUCAGGCUGAAUAUAUGACUAGGUACAGAUUGCAGGUUUUGCGUAUUUCAGACAAACGUUCGGUACUUUAUUUAACAAUGGUCUAGCCGGAGAACCAACACCCCUCCAACACCCCUCAAUUUACGCAAGCAGACAGACCUUUCAACGUUUAGUUUAGUAUCAGUGUCAGCCUAGCGUAUGUCCUAAUAAAACUAUAUCAUAGUUCAAACUAUCCGUUGAUAGCAUAUAUAAACUAUACUAAACUUUCCAAACCCAGACCAAAAGGUCGAAACAUCGAGAAGUGUUUUCGACCUAAAGGUGUGUUCACAUGCACGGUUGGAUCCAAUUCACUUCCUACGUAUGAAAUAUAUAUCGUGUGAACAGAGCUUAAAAGAGAGAAAUUGGAACAUUAUUGAAUGUAAAUGUGGACAGCUAACAUUUAAUUUAGUCUACGCGUAGCUAUUUCUCUCCAUACUUGGAUUGAAAACGUCUCCUAAAAUGUCAGGCAUUUGAACCCUGUCUAAAUCCUGCACCGUUUUUCCGGUUUCUGGAAAAGGCGAGUUAUUUCUUCCUUCUAAAUCAUAGCUAUAAACUGUAGAUGACAACAUUAAUCAAA